UUUUCAUUGGUCAAUUAACGUCUGUUGUCUGAUUGGUCACAGAUGACGUCUCUUGUCUCAACUGACAUUUUCUGAAAACACUUUAAACUCUUUACUUGACGACGUAACAAUCGAUUUUUUUGAAAAAAUUUUAAUUUUUUUUGGUGAACCUUUCAAACUGCAGCAGACAAAAGUUUAAACAAAUUCAAUAAUAUUUUCACAAAAUUAAGGGCAAAGAAAACGAAAAAUAACCCUUUUUAAAACUUUUCUGUAAUUCUACAGAGAUACCAAUUGAGAAAAAUGGCUGACAUAUUUUUAAGCCAUGAUAUUAAACGACUUCUUAGCGAGAAAUUUUUGGUCAUUAUUGGCGACUCUAUCCAGCGAGCCAUUUACAAAGACAUUGUGUCAAUGUUAAGUGACAGAGGAAAUAAUUUUUAUUUGACUGACGGCGACAUGAGAGUAAAAGGCGAACUGUCAUUCAGUGGAGACACUUUAUUGAAAGGCGGCUGUCAAAACGGUAUGACAAACGGUAUUGAUUAUUGUGAAGUCAGGCAGUAUCGGAACGACUCAUAUUUUAUACGAUUUUAUUUUGUAACUCGAUGUUUUAACAAAAAAGUUGAAGAAAUUCUGGACGACCUCAAAAAAAUUCCUCCUGACAUUUUAAUAAUGAACUCCUGUCUGUGGGACUUGAGUCGCUAUGGCGCGAACGGUUGGCCAGCCUACAAAGAGAAACUUAAAAUUCUAUUCGACUCACUCUUGAAGACGCUCAAACCCAGCUGUCUAGUCAUAUGGAACAGUACCUUACCAGUCUCUACAGAUGCGUACGGUGGUUUCUUCGGAUCGAAAGCCCGCUCCCAGAAACAGAGACUCCCCACAGAUAUACUAGCAGCUAACGAAUUUGUCUACAACCUUAUCAAGGACUACCCGUUUGAUUUUCUCGACCUGCACUACUUUCUUCGCUACCACAGGCACAGAUUGAGUAAAGAUGGAAUUCACUGGGACAUGACGGCUCACCGCCGCAUCAGCAAUCUCCUUUUCACACACGUUUCUGAAGCUUGGGGGAUUCCUUUACCAGGCCGCGUGCCUCCCCAAUUCCACCCGUGUCGACUGGACAGCACGAAGGCGUCCGGAAGCGGCGAUGCAUUCCCAUGCAUCCAUCCCUAUUUGGGUUCAAUCUUUACAGGAUUCGGCAAAGACAACCAGAGAAUGAGCACUUUAAUUAGCAGCUUCCGUGAAGUGAGCGAGCAUGUCACAUAUCGGCGAAUGCACGACGAUAUACUGUAUGGACGAAGGGGGAGGAGAUUGCACGCCUCGAUGAGUCUUGUGUCGAAAUCCAAGCAGAAAGUGUUGCACAUGAGAAGAUGCAAGCGUUUAAACUCCACCAACAGACGCUCAAAACGAUCCAAAAAACGAAAAAGCGAAACCACAUAAGUUUUUUUUUUUGCUAUCUUUUACUUCAUUUGAAAACUUCUUACAGUUUAUAUCAUAUACAACACUUUUAUUUUAACAUUUAAUUUUUAUUUUCGUAAAGAAAAACAAAACCAAAAAUAAGGAAAAAGCUAAAAUAUUUUUUUCACAUAAAAACAAAACAAAACAAAAACAAACAAAAAAAAACUAUUGAAUCCUGAAAAUAAUAAUGGAACAAUAAUAAUGUUGAACAAUUACGUACCGGUGACAAAGUUGGAUACAAAUUAAACAUCCAUAAAUAUUUCUGUAGUUACAAGUGUGAACUACUGUUGUGUUUGUCAUAAUUAUCACUCGCCCCACCUCACUAUUUUGCCUUUAAAACCACAUAAAAAACAAUUGGCACUAAUUCCAUUUUUUUUUACUAAUUUCUACGACUGGAAUGUCGUUUAAGAAUUUUUUUGAAAGUUUCACAAUAAAGGUAUUACAGAAAUAAUAGUAAA